CAAUACCACUUCAUCUCUAAGACUCUCUCUAGUAAUGGCACAUCCUACAAGCAGCCCUUCCUGCAAUGGUAGUGGUGGAGUGCAUUCUGCACCUACUGCUUCUAAAGCAUUGCCUUCUGUCAUUUCUCAUGCCAGUGUUCAGCCACAGAACAAUCGUUCAGCUGGACAUCAUGUGCAGUGGUCAGACCCAUUAGUGCAUACCAGAGGUAUUCCAAGAAGGGAACCUCAGGGAGCUAAUCCUGUGUUAGCUACUGUCACUCCAUCUGUUACCUCCAAUUAUUCUUCCCAGCAGGACACUGGAACCAUCGCAGGUGCUAUGGAGGGUCUGAAGUUGGCACCUUCUGCCUCUAGUGCAAGUACUGCCCCAUCUGCUUACAGGCCACCACCCCAAACUUUCCUGUCAUUAUGCCCUCAGCUCACUAGCACAUCUCAAGCUGCUCAUCAAGGUUCUGCACCCAGGAAUCCAAAUCUACGCUUCAUUGUUUUGCGCCGAUUACUAGCAACUCAAGCCAGGAAACCUCUCAAUCCUAUUGACUCUAAUGAGAGCCCUGCUACAGAACCUCAGAGCCUAAUGCCAGUAAUAUCUGAGGCAGUGCUCAACCAAUCAAAUGGCACUGUGAAGUCUACUACUGAUGUCAAUGGCACUCCCCCACCAACUUCCACUGUCAUGGAAGAUUCAGAUGUCAUUAACCUCACCCUUCGCAGUGACGAGGAGAACAGUCUGUUGCAGAAGCAACCCAAAAAUCAAAAGAGCACACAGAAGCAAAGGAAUACUCAGAUCCUAUCAACGUCAAUCAAAGUCAACACAGCCAAGCGCCGCCUCGACUCGGAAUCCAGCGACACCUCGGGAGGCGGUCCUCCAAAGCGCUUAAAGCGAAAUAGAACGCUACAACCUCGUCUCGAGUCAGAUUCAGCGACGAGUGAUAUCGAUCAUGUUUCGCCCGGGCCACGCUCGUCAAUCGAACCUACCUCGUCUUCGGGGAGAUUUUCAUCCAGCAGUGUCGAAGUGACCGAUGAUGUCGUUCCGGAUGGUCCGAGAUCCGUAGCGGAUGCCUACAACAACCGUGCAAAAUCUUCCGUCUCUCUCGAUGAUACUCAAGCACCAAGGCAUUCGGCUCGGGAGAGUAGGGUUUCAGUUGUAGCGCGCACCUACAGAAAGCCGGCCCCGGGUGGGAGUGCCGUAGCGUCAAGCAGCAGGGUCAGGGUGGAGGACAUGGAGGUGUCGGACAGCGAGGACGAAACCGGUGAUCCUCAGCGAGCAAGGUUCUAUGCGAGUGCGAUCUCCAAAAAAGUGCGUAUGUGGGCGGAAAAGUUGAAGGGAAUCCCCCGCGCGCAUUUGGAUUCUCUGUUCGACGAUAACGUAGUGCGUGUUUCUCUUGCAGUCGUAGUAAUGAACGCUAACCCACACAUUUUUCGGAAACAGGAGAUUAUGUCCAAAGGCGAGAUUCUGAGGUUGUUGAAAGGCAUCGACGAGGACAAGAACUGGGUUACUCGUGCGGAAGUAGAGGAUACUCGUCUUGAAAGGUUCCUAACCGUUGUGUUGACCAAACAUCUGGAGAACGGAACGGAAGCCUACAAGCUCGCAGUGCGCAUCCUCGACAACUUUGCGCAGAGGUUCCGCGGUGAGAGAUACCCACAGGGACGUAGGUGGUGAAUGUGAAGGGAGGGAGAACAGGUUGAAGGAAGAUAACUCGUGGGAUGCUGCGGAAUCCCGGCGUGGACGUGGAACAAGACUCAAGUUCCAGAAAAUUCGCAGGUACCAGCGCUCCCAUUGAAUGGGAGCGCUUACUAAUUACUAAGGGGCAGUCCGUUUUUGGCGACACUGUGCUGUUGUUUCGUUGUCUCAUGUUCGCUGUCUUGGUUUUUUUUUGUCGUUUUGUGAAUAUUGUUAUCGUUCUCUGCUCAAUUGAUACGCAUGCUCUCUUGUCAUAGUUUUGUUUUCUCGAACGCUGUUUUCGUCUGCUUUACCUGAUUAGCAUCACAAUAUUUUCUUCAUGUCACGAUAACGAAAACCCCUAACAUCUUGUUCCGUUCACUGUUUUCGUUUGCUUUACUAGCUGAUUAGUACUACUUACAAUGUUUUCCUCAAGUCACGAUCAAGUCAUGAUCACCCCCAACAUGUUCCUUCCGGUUGAUUACUCUCAAAGUUUGC